AAAACAAAAUAAACAUAAGGAAAAAAGAAAAAAGGAAAGAGUUAAAAAAUAGUGUUAGCGAAAUUAAACAAAGGCAAUUCUCAGAGUGGGGAGAGAAGAGAACAUGGAUGGCGCUUGCUACCUCUCCUCUCUCUCUUUCUCUCUCUAUCUCUAAAAAGAGCAAAGGCCAAUAGCUGAAACCCUAGGGUCUCUGUGGAUUCCUUUCUUUUUUUCUUGAACCACCGAAUCGAAUUGAAUUUGCAUUGGAUUUCUCUGUAAAUGUGCUUGUUGACAACGAUUAGGCUUGUCCACCACCGGUAACCAAUGCCACCGCCGCCGACGAUGAAGAAGAUUCGCCGGUGGCAGAGGACUUUGAUCCUCGCUCUUCUCUCCCUCUCCGUUGUCGCUCCUCUAAUCUUUGUCUCGCACAGGCUCAAUUUUCUUACACCCGAUGGAAGAAGAGAUUUUCUCGAUGAUUUGUCAAGCUUCGCAUACAAGCCAGAUCCUUUGAAGUUGAAUGCUAUAGAACAGGAAAGUGCUGAAGAGUUAGAAGAACCGAAGCAAGUUGUUUAUAAAGAAAAUGACUUUGGCGUAGCAAUCAGUAACAAUUCAGAAAGAACCAAUGAUUCUGAGGAUUCUUUAACUGAUGGGAGCAGAAGUAACCUUUUGGAAGUUAAUGUUUCAGAAGUAGAUCACCAUGAAAGACAAGUAGAGGAAGCUCAGCAGAAAGGAUUAUCCCUCACUGAUGGAGAUAAGAGGAAUUUAAACGAGACAGUUAUGCACAAUCUGGAUAUAUCCACCAACUCCCAAAGUACAAGAAGUGAGAAUAUUGAAGUGGGAGAUAAGCAAUCUGAUCGUAAAGCAACUCGCCGCCAUCAGAAUUCGCGAUCUCAAUACCGUAAAGUGACAAAUCACAAGGUUGAGGAAAUAAAGGAUCAAAUAGUUAGAGCUCGAGCAUACUUGAGCUUUGCUCCCCCAGGCAGCAACUCUCACUUGGUCAAGGAGUUGAAACUGCGAAUUAAAGAUAUGGAACGCGUAGCUGGAGAAGCUACCUAUGAUUCAGAUCUGCCAAGGAGUGCUUUGCAGAAAAUGAGGCACAUGGAGGCUUCACUAUCUAAAGCCAACCGAGCUUUCCCAGAUUGCUCUUCUAUGGCUUCUAAGCUCCGUGCGAUGAAUCAUAAUGUUGAAGAGCAACUUCGUUCUCAGCAACGUCAAGCAACAUAUCUUGUUCAUCUUGCUGCAAGGACCACCCCAAAAGGUCUUCACUGUCUUUCUAUGCGGCUAACUGCCGACUACUUUGCACUCGGACCCGAGCAGAGGAAGUUCCCAAAUGAAAACAAGUUUAAUGAUCCAAAACUUUAUCACUAUGCUGUGUUCUCUGACAAUGUUUUGGCAUCUGCAGUGGUUGUUAACUCUACUGUCUCUGCUGCUAAGGAGGAGGAGAAAAUUGUUUUCCAUGUAGUGACCAAUUCACUCUACUUUCCUGCAAUCUCAAUGUGGUUCUUGUUAAACCCUCCUGGCAGUGCCACAGUCCACAUACAGAACAUGGACAACUUUAAAUGGUUAUCAAAGUACAGCACCUCCAAGAAAUAUGAUUCUAAUGAUCCAAGAUAUACUUCUGAAUUGAACUACCUACGUUUCUAUCUGCCAGAAAUUUUCCCUGCUCUACAUAAGAUUGUGCUUUUUGAUCAUGAUGUGGUGGUGCAACAAGAUCUGAGUGGAUUAUGGAAUGCCAAUAUGGAAGGAAAAGUAAUUGGAGCAGUUCAGACUUGUGAGGAAAGCGAAUCUUCAUUUCGUAGAAUGAAUAUGCUCAUAAACUUUUCAGAUCCAUUCAUUGCAAAGAGGUUUGAUGUCAAUGCUUGCACAUGGGCAUUUGGGAUGAAUUUGUUUGAUUUACAGCAGUGGAGGAGACAUAAUUUAACUGCUGUCUAUCACAAAUAUCUGCAAAUGGGUUCUAAGAGGCCAUUGUUUAACACUGGAAGUCUGCCUUUAGGCUGGCUCACCUUCUAUAACAAGACAAUGGUUUUGGACAGACGGUGGCAAGUUCUUGGCCUUGGUUCUGAUUCUGCUGUUGACGGAAAUGAGAUUGAGCAGUCUGCUGUUAUACAUUAUGAUGGAGUUAGAAAGCCAUGGCUGGAUAUUGCGAUGAGAAGAUACAAGAACUAUUGGACCAAAUUUGUGAAUUUUGACUGCCCUCUUCUGCAAAGAUGCAAUCUCCAGGCGUAACCCGAAAUCCACAACCGUUGCUUUUUAGUUAACAAGUUAAUACUUAGUAGGCACAUUCUUUGCCUGCUUCAGUUAAUUCUUUGUUCUUGGCAAUUCUUCUUGUAAAGCCCCUCACUGCUGAUUCAAAUUUUCCUCACAUAUCUCUAGGAGUUUAGCUUUUUUGAUAGUGACAAUGAAGAUAAAAUAAGCAUUACAUAGGUAUUUCAGUUGCUUGCAGAUGCUGUUGGUUUGUGUACAUAAUUUAUCUCGACCCUCUAUUGGGUUUUGCCUAUGUUCUUUGAUUUCCAUUAAUUCAAGCGCAUACUGUGGGCCUAAGUUAUAUUU